GCAGGGGCUGGUGCUGACCUCUGCCUGCGGCGGGGAGAACGACCCGUCCCGGGCCAGCGCGCUCUGUCCCGGGCUGACGUGGGCUGGUUUUUUGUUCCAUGGGAUGGAGUUGCUGCUUUUGAUGGGCAGCAGAUCAGACUGGUGAAUGGGGAGAACAAGUGCUCCGGGAGAGUUGAGGUACUUCACCAUAACCAGUGGGGAACGGUGUGUGACCAUGGCUGGGACCUUAGGGAGGCGGAUGUGGUGUGCCUGGAGCUGGGCUGUGGCUUAGCUGAGUCUGCCAUCCCCACAGCAGCGUUUGGUAAAGGUACAGGACCCAUCUGGCUGCAGCAUGUCCAGUGCUCUGGACAUGAGGCCAGUCUGAUGCGCUGUGCCACUGUCCUCAACAGUGACCCUCCCUGCACCCAUGAGAAAGAUGCAGGGGUGAAUUGCUCUGGUACUCUUUUGAUGCCCACCCUGUCUCUGCUGUCACCUAAUGCUGUGUUCUCCAUCGGGGAGGCUGUUCGUUUCAGCUGUGCUGCCCUGCUGGGUCACCAUCUUAAUGACUUCCACUUGUACAAGCAUGGUGUGUCCACGCCGCUGGUGACCCAGAGGGUAGACCAGAGCCAGACCAGAGUGGAGCUGACUCUGUCUGACUUGGAGACGUCCCACCAGGGCAGCUACAGCUGUGUGUACAGGAUCAAGGGCAGCUCGCCCUCCCAGCUGCUCAGCUCCCCACCCAGCAACUCCAUCAACAUCACUGUGGUGGAGCUCCUAACUCCCCAGCACUGGUACAACACGUCCAUUGAAGCUCCAACAGGCUCGGUCAUCAAGGGCCACAGUUUCAACAUCACCUGCUCCACCCAGCAGCAAUAUCCUGGAGGCUCCUUCCAGCUGCGCCUCAUCCGCUCCAACGGCACCGUGCGCCAAUCCCUGCCUGCCCUCACACCCUCCGUCACAUUCACUUUUCCUAAUGCCCAGAGCUCCAAUGAGGGCUACUAUUACUGCCUAUAUCGGGUCCAGCUGGGCGGACGCACCUUUGUCUCCAGAGAGAGCCAGCCCCUGCCUAUAUCCAUCAGAGACCCUGAUCCAGUAUUGAGUCCCAUGGUGAUCAGCUGGCUGGUGUCUGGCCUGACAUUUCUCGUAGCCGUUGUCAUUAUCAUCAUUGUGGCCAAAGUGCUGUGCAAAAAGGAGAAGAAGCCCUCUGAGCUGGAGAGAGAGACCAGAACCUGUGUAGACAACACUUAUGUUGCCUUAGCAAUUAACAAGAUAUGAUGGGUGUGUGCACACAACUUUGGUGAUAAAUAAAGAGCCGUGGUGCCACUUGGGAGGAUCGUCAGGAACUCUACAGAUGGCUCAUCCUUAUCCUCCUCCAUGGAUUCACAAGGCAGGAGACGUUACCAAGUUCUUAAGAACCACACACCUUGCUCGGUCACCCACCGAGCCUUUGGAGAUGGCAACAGUGCAAGUUGGAGCGUGGACCUGCACAACACUCCAGACGAGGCACAAGUUUUUGAUGAACACUAACCAAGAUUCCACUAUUUUAAGACUAUAAAACACUAAACUUUUGCCUUUUCAAACCAGAUUUCAGGCACGUGUCACCUACUGCUGGGAAAUGCUGGAUGUGAUUGGCUAAGUAAGCACUGUAUUAUGUUGAGAACUAAGCAUUAGAUAAUUGCUAUACGAGACUGAUGAUGGACAGCAACCGUUUCACAAUUUAAGUCAUUAUUGGGCUCAUGCUAGACUAAGAUUCACUCAGGAUUGGCUACUACUAUGAUCUCAGAUUAAAUGAGUAAAACAGUGGUACAAGAAGCUUGACUGUGAAACUGUGAAAUGCGUUCAUCGGGUCUCCAUGUAUAGGCUGUAUGAACCUUGUUUUGUUGUUUCAUUAUUUUUAUUUAUUUCCAGAUAUCACUAAUGACAAGCUCCACUAAGCAUAUUAUGUACUUUGCCUCUACAGAUCAAUUGUCCUUAAAGGAUUAGAGGAUUUUUUUGUAUUUUUAGUCACCCUACUAUGCAUCUUUUCUGUCAUUUGCAAUGUAUACUUUAAGAAAAGUGUGCAAAAAGAAGCUGUCAUGGAUUAAAAUGCUCUAAGCAUCGGAGCCUCUGGGUUCAACGGGUUUUGUAUUUCACCUGGGUUUGACGGUUCACACGUAUUGCUGUACAUAAGUUUGAUUUAGGCACCAGAUCAAACUUGAGAAUAAAAGGGAAAAGCUUCA